GUUCCAGCAGGAACGUUUGAGCCUCAGUGAAGUUCACAGCGGUGACAUCUAGUGGCGCUGUCCGGUAUUACACGCCGGUGGCCGCAGGGAGGGUGCGAGUAGGCAGGGCCAUCUUGUAGGAGAGACCGAGGCUGCGGCCCAGAACACUUCUAUGGCGGAGGAAGAAGACGAGGCACCGGGAAGUUGCCUGGAUGUCAGCUCGGAGUCCUUUAACCCCCUGCUGGCCCUUUAUUCCCCGCAGACUCCGCUCCCGUUCCCAGAUAUUCGCUGCUUUAAUAACUUGGCCGAGUAUGAGAGUUUCCUGCGCGGUGGAGCCCGGGGAAGGGCCCGGGGGGCGCAGCGGGGACAGAGUCGGGGUCCAGGAGGAAAGCGGAAGGGACGGAAGCCCGAACCGGACCCGGAGCGUAUAGAGCGGCUCAAACAGCUUAUGCUUCCGGUGGAGGAGGGGAAGGUUCCAGUGCGACCCCGCAGGAGUCGGGCCCCCAAAAAUGUGCUCACCCGCAUGCCUUUACACGCCGGUAGUCCCCUGGGGGAGCUGAAUCGUUGCGUCCAGGACAGGAUCCGGAUCAGAGUUCACAUCCGCACAUUCAAAGGCCUGCGGGGAGUUUGUUCAGGGUUUAUCGUCGCCUUUGACAAAUUCUGGAACAUGGCGAUGGUCGACGUGGAUGAGACGUACAGGAAGCCCGUCCUGGGGAAAGCUUUCUAUAAUGAACCCCAACUCACACUCACCCGGUUGUUUGAUAGGCUACAGCUUCAGGAACCAGGGUCACAUGACCCCGCAAAGGGGCGACCAGCAGGACCUGCAGAAACUCUGACUGCGCCUCCCAGUAAGAAGUCCACUCAGCCCUCUGAAAGGGCAGCCGGGCCCCCAGUAGAGCCGGGCCCCCAGGGGCAUUCUGGGAACAGACCCAAGCAGAGGAGGAGAAAUAGGAAAGAGAAGGUGGAUUAUCAGCAAGUGUUCACCCGCCACCUAAAACAGAUCUUUAUCCGAGGGGAAAAUGUUCUAUUGGUUCAUAUUGCAGAGUGACAGAGCAGCAGCGCCACUUAGAGGAUAACUGCAGCAUAAAACUGCAUGAAUGCACCACCGGAGAGCAGGAUUGAGAUCCUGGGUAUUCCAUUCCCACUCCAUAUGGGGGGACAGUUGGGAGAGAGACUGGAACCAAGUAACCUCUUAGCCACAUGGCAGCGUGUUCAGGGAUUAAACUGGCAGCCACCCUGUUGACUGGAACUACAGCUCCCAGCAUCCUUAGCUGUCUGAAUUUGAGGAUGGCUGGAGUGCUAAAGGCAGAUGGUGCCCAUGCCAGAAGCUGUCGCUGCCUCGUAGAAAUCAAUACAGCGCAUUGCCUAUUUUCCUAAGAUAUAAAUAAUGUACAUUAUUGGAAUGCUGUAUUUUUCUAAUAAAUCUUAAUAUUUCA